AUGUCGACGCUCUCCGUUCCGGCAGAUGUCCCCUCCCCCGCUGAAGACGCCGAGAGGCUCUACCAGGCCUUCUCAGGUACCUUCUGCAGCUGCCUUUCCCUUCUUUUCCCUUCCUCCGGCCGAAUAAUCUUCUCCGUUCGCUGCCAAUUUCCACUGGUUUGUUGCUCUAUGUCUGGGAGCAACCUGCGUGUCAUGUGGUGGAAGGAUCUCAGGUUCCUUCUGUAGCUUCCUUUCCGUUCCCUUCCUCUGACCGAGUAGUUCGCUGCCGAUUUUCUGUGAUUUGUUGCUCUCGGUCUGGGAGCGACUUGCUCCUCGAUCUCGGAGCAUGUUUGUGAUGUGGAAGAUGGAUCUCAGGUACCUUCUGCAGCUUCCUUUCCGUUCCUUUCCUCCGACCGAGUGAUCUUCUCCGUUCGCUGCCGAUUUUCUGUGGUUUGUUGGUCUCGGUCUGGGAGCGACUUGCUCCUCGAUCUCGGAGCAUGUGUGUGAUCCGGUGGAUGGAUCGUUGUGUUCCGUGCGUAGGCGGCGGAGAUCGGGUGAGCCUGCUGCCGGAUGUUGCCGGCGCUAGCUUGUGGUGGAAGAAUAUCGCUCUAGUGCUUAGAUCUUUAUUUGUUUUCUGGUCAGCUUGUGAUGUUGAUCAUCUUAGCCAUUCGUCUACUUCUAAUUGCCGCACGAACCUCUCGAUUUGCUCCCGUCUCAACUGUUCUUAUUCUGGUUUUUCCUCCUUGACUAGUGUUGGUCUGUUCGUUUUUAAUUUUUUUCAUCAUCCUCUAUGUUUUUUGGAUAGUAUGGCGUCUAGAUCCACGAGGCAGAGGCAGUUUAUGCAGGUUUCUUAGUAAGGUUUGAAACAGGGUUCGCUGAUGUGCCAUUUGCAGGAUGGGGAACGAACGAGGGUCAGAUCGUAUCGAUACUGGCGCACAGAAAUGCGGAGCAGCGGAGGGUGAUCCGGAAGGUGUACGCUGAGACUUACGGGGAGGAUCUCCUCAAAUCGCUCGACAAGGAGCUGAGUCAGGAGUUUGAGGUCGAAGCCUUUCACUCGUAGCUCUCUAAGUUCUCCUUUCCAUUCUACGUUUCCUUUACCUUUCUCUAUGCCGGGCUUAGUUUUCACUCAAUGACGGCCAUGAAUAUUAUCUUAGUUUUCAUUCAAUGCGGAGCAGCCAUCAAUGAAUGACCGUUUCCGUAACAAAUACCAUUCCAUUCUUCUUACCGUUCCUUCAUCUUCAUUCAUAGAUAUUGUUGUGAUCAAGAUGUUUUUCCUGGUAGAAGGAGAAAUGAUAUUUUUAUUUUGUAUGUUUGGCUACCAGACAUAGGAAGGAUAGAAAUCGCGAUUACUUUUCGGAUGAAGACUGUCGUGGUAUCAUGACUCCGAUUAUUAAUCCACUCAGCCGGCAUUCGAUACGAUCAAUUGAGAUGCAGGCAUAUAUUUCUACAGUUCAGGUGUCUCCUAAAACAUUCAUUAAUCCUUGGGUUUAUGCUUCUUGAUCAGAAAUUGGUGCUGCUAUGGACAUUAGAUCCUGCUGAGCGUGACGCUCUUUUGGCUAAUGAAGCUGUGAGAAAAUGGAACCCUAGAGACCGUGUUCUCAUAGAGAUAGCCUGUGCAAGAUCUUCCACUGAGCUCAUCCUGGUCAGGCAAGCGUACCACGUCCGCUACAAGAAAUCCCUCGAAGAGGACGUCGCGUGCCACACCACCGGAGACAUCCGUAAGGUACUACGGGGGUAUACUACGGGGAGACAUCUGUGGUAUUCCUGGGGCUUAUCAUCGUCGGCUGGGAAUUCGACGCGAGGGCAUUAAUCCGAUGUCAUGCGCCUUCAGCUGCUGCUUCCCCUGCUGACUGCAUACCGCUAUGAGGGGACGGAGGUGAACAUGGUGCUGGCGAAAUCAGAGGCGAAGAUUCUCCAUGAGAAUAUAAGCGACAAGGCCUACAACCACGAGGACCUCAUCAGGAUCAUAUCCACCCGCAGCAAGACGCAGCUCGCCGCAACGUUCAACCACUACAUCGACCUUUUUGAGAACCCCAUUCUCAAGGUCUGCCCUCGCCGAACCCCCGACCCUAGGCCUUCUAAUGACUUGUGCCCACCAUUAAUUUGACGUUUCCGCUGGCAGGAUUUGGAGCCGGAGGCGGAGGACGAGUAUGUGUCGCUGCUGGUGGCGGCGAUCCAGUGUCUGAGCUUGCCCGAGGAAUACUUCGAGAAGGUGAUCCGGCUGGCGAUCAACAAGCUGGGCACGGAUGAGGAGGCGCUGACCCGGGUGGUGGCGACCCGCGCAGAGGUUGACCUGAGGAAAGUCAGCGAGGCCUACUACAGGCGGAACAGUGUGAGCCUUGCCCAUGCCGUCGCCAGUGACACCUCCGGGGACUACCAGGCGAUGCUGCUCGCUCUGAUCGGCCACGACCCAUCCUGCUAA